CCUCCCUGCCCUUGUUCCAGAGAGCUUGUGCGCGUUUUCUGCUACUUUCAGGGAGACCUGGAGAGAGGGCUGCCAGGUGGGGGUGGGAAGAGGUAAGAGUUGCGGAAGAGACCCCCCUCCCCAACCCAACUCAAGCUCUCACCCGGGGGCUAUUUUCUUGCGGAGGGUGUGCCUCUGGAGAGAAGCGAUCCGAGGGAAGGCGGGGACUGGGCGCAGGAGAGGCGUCGCCGGGGGUCGGAUAACUGGCACUAGAACCAGGCUUGUGGACACUCCAAAAGUAAGACCAGCUGGGGAAAGAAACUGAGGAGAGCCGGGGCGAUCGGGCUGCAGAGUUGGGAGGGAGAAAACUUUAUUGAAGGUGGAAGCCCAGCUGCUGGGGCAGCGAGGGGACGCGCGCGGAGGAGGAGCGGACGGCGCCGCGGGAGGGCGCGGGGCGCCUGGGGACCCCGGGGGCCGGGCGCGAGGCGGAGCCCGGGCGCACGGCCAGGCCGGUGGGGGACCGGGCAGGCUGCAGACUCCCUGCGGCUCCGGGAGCCGCAGCAGGACCGGCGGGGAAGCACCAUGGAGGGGAGCCCCAUCCCGGUGCUGACGGUGCCCACCGCGCCCUACGAGGACCAGCGACCGGCCGGCGGCGGGGGGCUGCGGCGGCCCACCGGCCUCUUCGAGGGUCAGCGCAACUACCUGCCCAACUUCAUCCAGAGCGUGCUGUCGUCCAUCGACCUGCGCGAUCGGCAGGGCUGCACCAUGGUGGUGGGCAGCGACGGCAGGUACUUCAGCAGGACGGCCACGGAGAUCGUGGUGCAGAUGGCUGCAGCCAACGGGAUUGGGCGGCUGAUUAUUGGACAGAAUGGCAUUUUAUCAACACCUGCAGUUUCCUGCAUCAUCAGGAAGAUCAAGGCAGCUGGUGGCAUCAUCUUAACAGCUAGCCACUGUCCCGGAGGGCCAGGGGGAGAGUUUGGAGUGAAAUUCAAUGUUGCCAAUGGAGGUCCUGCACCAGACAUUGUCUCAGAAAAAAUCUAUCAGAUCAGCAAAACAAUUGAGGAAUAUGCUAUAUGUCCUGAUCUUCGAAUUGAUUUAUCCCGACUAGGAAGACAAGAAUUUGACCUGGAGAACAAAUUCAAGCCAUUCAGAGUGGAGAUCGUGGACCCCGUGGAUAUCUAUCUCAACCUGCUUCGGACCAUCUUUGACUUCAGUGCAAUCAAAGGCUUGCUGACUGGGCCCAGCCAGCUGAAGAUCCGCGUUGACGCAAUGCAUGGAGUUAUGGGACCUUACGUGAGAAAAGUUCUGUGUGACGAGCUGGGGGCCCCAGCCAAUUCUGCAAUAAACUGUGUCCCACUAGAAGACUUUGGAGGACAGCACCCUGACCCAAAUCUGACAUACGCAACCACCCUUCUGGAAGCUAUGAAAGGAGGAGAAUAUGGAUUUGGAGCUGCAUUUGAUGCCGAUGGGGACCGUUAUAUGAUCCUAGGCCAAAAUGGCUUCUUUGUGAGUCCUUCUGAUUCCCUGGCCAUCAUUGCUGCCAACCUCUCCUGCAUUCCUUAUUUCCGUCAGAUGGGGGUUCGAGGGUUUGGAAGAAGUAUGCCCACCAGCACAGCCCUGGACAGAGUGGCCAAAUCAAUGAAGGUCCCCGUAUAUGAGACCCCAGCUGGAUGGAGAUUCUUUUCGAAUCUGAUGGACUCCGGGCGGUGCUCCCUGUGUGGAGAAGAAAGCUUCGGCACUGGCUCUGAUCACCUCCGAGAGAAAGAUGGCCUCUGGGCUGUCUUGGUCUGGCUAUCCAUUAUUGCUGCCCGGAAGCAGAGUGUGGAGGAAAUUGUCCGAGAUCACUGGGCCAAAUAUGGCCGCCACUACUACUGCAGGUUUGACUAUGAGGGCCUGGAGCCCAAGUCGACAUAUUAUAUUCUGAGGGACCUGGAGGCCCUGGUCACAGACAAGUCCUUCAUUGGCCAGCAGUUUGCUGUGGGGAACCACAUCUACAGUGUGGCAAAGACAGACAGCUUUGAAUAUGUGGACCCUGUGGAUGGCACCGUGACCAAGAAACAGGGCCUGAGGAUCAUUUUCUCGGAUGCAUCACGGCUCAUCUUCCGACUCAGUUCCUCCAGUGGCGUCAGGGCCACCAUCAGACUGUAUGCGGAGAGCUAUGAGCGGGAUCCCAGCGGUCAUAAUCAGGAACCUCAGGCAGUGCUGAGUCCUCUCAUAGCCAUCGCACUGAAAAUAUCCCAGAUUCACGAGAGAACUGGCCGGAGGGGGCCUACUGUCAUCACCUGAAUGAAGGAAAGCCAGCUUGCCAGGGCCAGAGAGCACGCAGCAGGAAAUGCUUCACCAUGCCUUUUUGCUACCUGUUUGUGCCUCUUAUGACUUUGGAAAACCAAAAGUUAUUUUGCUGUUGGGCGGGGGUGGGGUGGGGUGGGGUGGGUAAAGGAUGGUUGGGAAAAGAGAAAAAAAUGUUUUGUUUUGGCUUGUCCAAUUCCUCCAAAUGCAAAAGGAUCUUUAGUUAUCUGUUGAAGCUACACUAUUAUUUGAUAUCUAUAUUUUAUCACACUAAGGGGCCUCUUCUUUUGAGAAAAAAAUAAGUGGGCUGGGAAACUGAUAAUCACAGCUCCUGCAUAUCACUGGUGCCACAUGAGCAAAGGUUCUAAAAUCAUAAGGGAGCAGUGCCAGAAUUAAGCUGACCCUAAGCCACAGGGGCCUUAGGCAGGCAGGUCAGGCCCACAAUGGGACAAGGUUUUAGAACGCCUCAUAGCUCGCCUCACUCUCACCAACCAUACUCCCCAAAUUCCCAACUUCCCUGAACACCUUCUCUCACACCUUCUAGAGCUUUCUACAAAUCACAAUGGCACAGACCCAACAAGACAUAUCCAAGGGUGUUUUACUCUCUUUUAUUUUAUAAACGGUAUUACUUUAGCUAUCAAGCCGGUUGUGUCAUUUGAGUGUGUGUGAGAAUGAUCUUCUGUACAAGACAGCAAAUGAAUGCUUAGAACUGGGUAGCUUCCUUGAUUACAUCACACAGGUUGAUAUGUGAGUUUGUAUAAAUUACUCCCAUGAAGACAAAAACACACCGUGUGAACACACGCUCUAACUUUCCUACUAGGGCCUAUUUCAUGCACUUGUUUAGAUGCAAUUCUGAUCUUAUUUGUAAUGGUUGUAAAACGGAGAGGGUGAAAUACUGUCAAAGUAGGAAAUGAAGUGGAUGCCAAAAGGAAAUAUUACCAGUGGGACAGUUAUGCGCUGGAUGACAGGAGGAGAGGCAGGGGGGUCACAGUGGCUUUCUUCGCCCCAGAGGAAAAGAGAUCUUGCAGCUCUUGCAGGCUCAUCUGUACUGUAGAAGACUCAGUCAUGCAAAGUGUUUGCAUAUGUUUUGCUUCCUUGGGAACAGAUGCUCAGUGAUCAUGUCAUUUGCAGAGAUGACCUAGUACACUUUGACUGUUAAGCAACGUGUUAUUGCUGUAGUCAAGGUCAAUGCAAGCAAGGGAACAUUCCCAGCAAGGUAUUUGUUUCCAUUUUCUGUCUGUGCUUCUGUCAAGAACUUACUGGGACAUUUAGUAGUUAAUAAAAAAGAAAUUCUGUGUUUUAACCUUGUUCAAGGAUUGUGGCUUUUAGCUCAUUCAUUUCGUCACUUGAGAAAUUUCAGUAGUGGUCACCUAUUCUGACAAAUCUGCCUUUCAGAAUACUUUCAAGGACUGUUUUUCUUUAUGAUGACCUGGAGGAUUUAUUAACUACAUGGAAUAGAAAAAUGAAUUGCUCAAAAUUGCCUUGGGGAGUCAGCAAAAGUGAAAAUGGUAUCUAGUUUUUCAUUGUA